CCCAGUGCGACAAAACCAGAUGCUAAAGUCCACACGGCUAAGCACACCCACGCGCAAGCAGCCCACAGAAGCCUGUGUGCACGAGACGAGGAGCCAGCGUUCCCUCAACCCUUUUCCUUUCUCUUUUUCCUCUCGUCUACUUGCAAGCCAAGCAUCGUCAAGUUUCCCUUUCGCUGCCUUGACGCUGCGGCAGUCGUCUCUCGCUUUACGUUUCCUUUCUUCGUUUCUACGAAUUCUCGAUCCCAUCCACGGGCUUGGGAAUGCGUUGAACCCUAUUCAUUCAUCCUCCAACUGCCUCACUCGCUUGGCAUAUUCCUUACAAAGUUCUGUACACAUCUCGAUUUAUAUCUACACCCGGACCAGUCUUUCCAAAAUACGACAUUGCAUGGGAAUAUAGAUCACUUACGUCCUCUCCAUCGAUUUCAUUGAAGCUAGAUCCAACAUUAGCAGUGCUACGGACGACUUUCGGAAUCGAACCAUCAACAUGGCGAACCGCUUGUCCAUGUUUUCGGUAGCCUCCGAGUCGCCUGCUGGCCGCAAUGGUGGCCAGCAAAUGACACAAGUGUCAGCAACCACCCUCCUAAAUGGCAUUCACAACAUCUAUCUGGCGUCUCUUCCAUUUGAGCUAGACUCGAGCACCAGCGUUGUCGUCAAUACAUGGCUGACAGCCGCACAAGGCGGCCCAACCGUCGAUGCUGCUCUGUCAAGUAGAGCCUGGGAACACGCUCGCCGCCGCGCUGAAGAUGGUCUAAUUAUCCUAGGAUCUCUGCACGCCUCUACUCCAUCUGUCCUGAGCCCCUUCCUUGCCACCAGCCCAUUUGCUAUCCCAUCGACUCUCUACAAGGCCCUCGAGGCCAUCCAACCUUUCAUACGAUGUGUUACGCCCUACAACCCUUCGUAUGCUAGACAAGUUGCACUAAGCACCACAUUCACGCUCAACUUGGCGGGACAUGUUACUGCUGCUUCCAUUGCUCUGUCUAGUGGAGGCGUUGAUACUGCCAAUGGUCUUCUUGAGAUUGUCAGUGAUGCCGGAUACCGUGCAUUUGACGUUUUUUACUACCUUCUCACUUCUGCAUCGACUCCAGCUGAAAGAGAAUAUCUCGGAUUGAAGACGCCUUCCGAUUAUGCGCUCCUUGCUAGAUCCAAAACGUACACUCCUCCUGCCUACCUACCUACUGCAGACGACGCCGCAUCGGCUGAUGACUUCCGUCAGGCGUUAAAGGAUAUUGGUAUCAAAGGAUCUGCGCACCGCAACCUUAUUUCCAUUCUCGCCGGACUGCUCAAGUUGGGCAACACUCUUGACUAUGAAGCUGAGCCGGAAGUUCUCGAAGAGAUCUGCGAAGAGGUCAGUGGUCUGCUCGGAAUGGAGCCAGAUGUUCUUCUGAACCAGUGCAGCACUGAGGAUCGCAAAAUACUAGUCGACGGCCUCUAUGAAUCCUUGGUUGACUGGGUUAUUGCCAAAGCUAACAGUGCCAUCGCUGAUCAAAUGAAGCGAGUUCUGAGUGGAGAGGAGUCUCUUGAGGGACGACCGUCAGGUGCCCCUCUUGACGAAUCCGCGGACAGCGUCUCCAUCACUAUUGUGGAAGUUCCCGACCCUGCUCUAGGUAAAGCCCUCUGCAUGCAGUCUAUUUUUGACGACUCAAAGGGUCUCAACGCCGAGAUGAUCCAAGAUGGUGUGAAUGUUGCCCCUGCAGGUUCCACCAUUGUCAAAGAGACUGAACAAGCUGUUGCUGAUAUGGCGGCCGACCUUGGUCUUUCCACUGGCCCUAAGGGCAGGGAGCGACAACACGAGUUAGAAAAGCGAGAAAUUGUACUCGAGAAAGUUGGCUACGCUUCGGAAGAAGGCGGCUUCCUCAAGAAGCUGCUAUUCCCUGUACAAGGCGAAGGUAUCAACCUGGGACGAGCUGGCAGGGUCGACCUCGCGCAUCUCAUGACCUCCAACCGUGUUUGGCAUCAUCUCUCUCUCCAUCCCACCGACGAUUCGCCUGCCAAUCUUGCAGCCCUGCCCUCCAUUACCUCUGCAUGGUCCGCUGGAACUGUAUCGCGUCAGCUUCGUUCCUGGCGUUUGCCUGAAUGGGCUAACCGCAGAAACCGAAAGAUGGAUUACACGGCAGAUUUUGACGUUGAUGAGUUCGUCACUCGCUAUAGCCCACUAGGUUGUAAAGACGGCCGCGAUGGAGUUGAGAGCUGGAUGCUUGAGCGUGGCUGGAGCAAUGGCGAGAUCUUUGUUGGCAAAGAUCGCAUCUGGAUCCGUGAAAACGCUUGGUGGGAGGCAGAGAGCAUGCUUGAUGCUAAGCAGGGUGACGGCAUGCCUGCAUUGCACCUCAAUCCUUUCAGCAAUGGAUUUGACACUGGAUACUCCAACAAUGGCAGUGGUUUCUUCCCUACCCCUGGAGUUGACACUGGCAUGACGAAUAGUCGUGAUGAUCUCGUCAUUGCACACUCUAGGAACCCCAGUCAAGGUAACCUCAGCCACGUUAUGCCUGGUGCUCCCUCUAUUGCACCUACCGCGAUGCGAGCUGCUAAGAAAGGCGACUAUGGUCUUGGUACAAAGGGUGACACGUAUAAGGGUGAGCCUGAUGACGUCGAUUUCGACGCUGCGAUGGAUGCCGAGCAUGCCAAUGGCAGAAAAACAGAGACAAAGCACAUCGGUAUCGGCCGACGUGCAUGGGUCGCCUUUGUGUGGGCAUUGACUUUCUGGAUCCCAUCACCUCUUCUCCGUUAUGUCGGUCGUAUGAGACGACCCGAUGUGCGUAUGGCUUGGCGAGAAAAACUCGUUCUAGUUUUCCUCAUUUUCCUCAUCAACGCCUUCAUCAUCUUCUGGAUUAUUGUUUUCGGCCAACUUCUAUGCCCGAACUUCGAUAAGGCCUGGAAUGUCGGCGAGUUGAAGUCACAUCAAGGGACCAAUGAUUACUGGGUCGGCAUCCAUGGCAAGGUCUACGAUCUCACGUCCUUCUACAAAAUCCAACACAGUGAUUUACCUGGCCAAGACGUCACUCCGGACAAGAUGGCAUUCUUCAGUGGACACGUUCUUGACCAGUACUUUAUGCCACCUCUCAACCAGUACUGCCAAGGGGUUGUCGAAUCGGAUCGUGUCUAUCUGCAAAUCAACGCCACAUUGGAUCCUGAUUUGACGGCAUUGCCUAACCACGCGUCUGGCCCUAAUACAAUCGGACUUCAGUCGGACGCACUUAAACAGAGCGACUGGUACGCCACCAAAUUCACUCCCAAAAUCAAGGAAUUCUACCAUGGCGAUCUCGUCCAUAGCGUAGGAAACAUUCGACAGCAAGGCAAUGAUGACAACCGUCCCUGGAUUAUCUAUAAAGACGAGGUUUACGACUUGUCACAGUACUUUUACACUUUAGAAUCCAUGCAGGGGCGCGAUGAAUACAAAUUCAUCAACACCAAAAUCAGCGAUUUGUUUAAGAACAAGCCGGGACAAGAUGUCACAGGACCCCUGAAUGACAUUUUCACAAAUGCUCGCUCUAACAACGACGAAUAUAACAAUCUGGCUGCUUCCUGGACCUGUGUUCGGAACAUUGCGUAUGUCGGCAAGACAGAUUUCCGCGAGGGUCCCCGAUGUACCGUGAAUAACUGGAUUCUUCUUGCCUUCACCAUCAUCAUCUGCGCCAUUAUUCUGAUCAAGUUUGUCUCAGCAUUGCAGUUCAGCUCGAAGCGUCGACCUGCUCCCCAAGACAAGUUUGUCAUCUGCCAAGUUCCUGCCUACACCGAAGGUGAAGAUUCCCUUCGAAAGGCCUUGGACUCUCUCACCGCUCUCCAAUAUGACAACAAGAGAAAAUUGAUUUGCGUUAUCUGCGACGGUAUCAUUACUGGUCAAGGUAAUGAUCGACCUACUCCGAAGAUUGUACUGGACAUUUUGGGAGUUGACCCUAAGAUGGAUCCUCCUGCUUUGCCCUUCCACUCCGUCGGCGCUGGCAGUGAGCAACUCAACUUUGCCAAGGUCUACUCUGGUCUUUAUGAAUUCGAGGGCAAUGUCGUUCCGUACAUUGUCGUCGUCAAGGUUGGUAAAGAAUCCGAACAGAACAACGCCAAGCCGGGCAACCGUGGCAAGCGUGAUUCGCAGAUUUUGCUCAUGAGCUUCCUGAACCGCGUUCACCACCGAUCUCCUAUGAACCCUCUUGAACUAGAGAUGUUCCACCAGAUCAACAAUAUUAUUGGCGUUGACCCAGAACUGUACGAAUAUCUUCUGAUGGUCGACGCCGAUACCGCGGUGAACGAAGACUCCCUCAACAGAUUGGUCUCCGCUUGUGCUCACAACGCUAAAAUUGCUGGUAUUUGUGGCGAGACAAGUUUGCAAAACGACGAAAAAUCUUGGUGGACAAUGAUUCAGGUUUAUGAGUACUUCAUUUCUCAUCACCUGGCUAAGGCGUUCGAAUCUCUGUUUGGUGCGGUUACCUGUUUGCCUGGCUGCUUCACCAUGUACCGCCUGAGAACUGUUGACAAGGGCAAGCCCCUGAUUAUUUCAGAUGCUGUUAUCAAGGAGUAUGGAGUAUGCGACGUCGACACGCUGCAUCAGAAGAACUUGCUUGCCCUUGGUGAAGACAGAUACUUGACGACCCUUAUGACGAAACAUUUCCCACAGAUGAGCUACAAGUUUGUUCCUGAUGCUCAGUGUAAGACGGCUGCCCCAGAAUCCUUCGGUGUGUUGAUCUCUCAGCGCAGAAGAUGGAUCAACUCGACUAUUCAUAACCUGGUUGAACUGUUACGUCUAGAAGAAAUGUGUGGUUUCUGCUGCUUUGGUAUGCGAUUUGUUGUUCUCAUCGAUCUUUGUGGUACUCUUGUCCUUCCUGCUACCUGCGUUUACCUUGGCUACCUCAUUUAUCGCGUGGCAAGCCAUACUGGCCCGUUCCCGCUCAUUUCUAUUGCUCUACUUGCAGCCGUCUACGGUCUACAAGCUCUGGUCUUCAUUCUUAAGCGCCAGUGGCAACACAUUGGAUGGAUGAUUAUUUACAUCAUCGCCUUCCCCAUCUACUCGUUUGUCCUCCCCAUCUACUCUUUCUGGAACCAGGACAACUUCUCCUGGGGUAACACCCGCGUUGUCAUUGGUGAGAAGGGCAGCAAGCAAGUUAUCUCUGUCGAUGAGGAGGUCUAUGAUCCUCGUUCUAUUCCAUUGCAGCGCUGGGAUGACUACGCCUACGCCAACAACCUCCCUGGCCGUCGCGGCGGCUACCAGGAGAAACAUGAUUCUCCCUACGCCGACCAGUAUGAGCUAGACGAGAUGCGCUCUGUAUACUCAGCAGCCCCUCAGGGAACAAUGCUUCCAUCCAUGCCCACUCAGACUGGCUUUGUUGCUCCCGGCAACCGCGCAUCUAUGAUGUCUGGCAUGCAUCCUCCUAGCAUGGCUGGCCGCCGUCAGUCUGUUAUGUCAGGUGCUGAUCUUCACGGCCGUCAAUCUCCUUACCAAGAGUUCCCCGCAGCUCGCCCUGCCAUGAACCAGCGCAGCCAAUCCAAUCUAUCUGGUGUUACUGGUGCCAACAGAUCGUCGUCCGCUCUAGGCUACGGCGGUGGACAUCGUACUCCCAUGGGCGUGGAUUCGUCGCAGUCUGUACCCAACUUUGACUUCAGGAAUGGCAACACUGCUGCUUCUGACGCCGCUAUUAUCGACUCUAUCCAGGCUGUUUUGCGCGAAGUGGACCUUGAUACGGUCACUAAGAAGCAAGUGCGUGCUUUGGUAGAGCAACGCAUGCAGAUGGAGCUGGUUGGCGAACGACGAACCUUUAUGGAUCGCCAAAUCGACCGCGAGCUUGAGAGCAUGUAGGUGCAGAUUUACCUACCAGCUUGACCAUCAAGCAUGUCUGUGACGACUAUACUUUUCUUUUGACUGCGUUCGCAACAACAUAAAGCCACAUCAUACAUUUUCGUCUUCAAAAUAUCGAAUCUUUAAUCAUUUAUCUCUUGGCUUCUCCCUUUCAGUGUAUGGGGUUCCUUCUGGAUGCGAAGGAAGGCGUUGAUUGUCAGACUUUUAGGACGGGUUACGAAUUAGACUGAAAGGUGAGCAUUGAGCAUCGCCUCUCAGAAGUCUCUUUGUUCUCUUUCACCUCAUUCGUCGUGGUAAACUUUCUCUCAUUUGGAUUUUUUAUAUUUGUUAAUGUAGUUGUUUUCAUAGUAUUAGGACAAUUAAAUGUUUUUAUAAUUUAU